GUUGUUCUUAUCUUUGCUGUUUAACUUUUCAAUCCUUAUAGGGAUAGUCGUCUCAAGUCUUGAAAUUUUUGAGGUGGGUCUCGCGGUUUGAGCUUGCCCGAUCAUUUGGGUCAUCAGCGAAGGGCGACGGGCGAUUGGGUUCGAUCUGUCAGGACUCUGAUUGGACCGAUAAGUUUUGGGGUUCAUGUUGGUCGGAAGAAAGGUGUUUGAAGGUGAGCUUCUAUCUCGACGCGAUAACGAAUUGUUAAUUUAUAAUUCAGUUGCAAGAAAAUGGGUUCGGAAGGGCCUCCAGCUGUGACAAUUCACAUAACUGGUUUUAAGAAGUUCCAUGGGGUUCCUGAGAACCCAACAGAGACAAUUGUGAGCAAUCUAAGAGAGUAUAUGAAUAAAAGGGGUAUGCCAAAAGGAUUGACUCUUGGAAGUUGCAGCAUUCUCGAGACAGCUGGACAGGGGGCAGUGGCUCCUCUCUAUAAGAUUUUACAAUCGGCCUUAGAGGAAAAUGAUUCCGAACUAACAAAUUCGAGACGAGUUAUCUUGGUACAUUUUGGGGUCAAUAGUGGUGCCACAAAAUUUGCUAUUGAGCAUCAAGCUGUCAAUGAAGCUACUUUUCGCUGUCCGGAUGAGAUGGGAUGGAAGCCUCAGAAAGUCCCCAUUAUCCCUGCAGACGGUGAUAUUUCUCAAACACGUGAGACCUCUCUACCCAUUCAGGAGAUAGCAAAGGCCCUGUCAAGGAAGGGUUAUGACUUCAUGAUUUCCGAUGAUGCCGGUAGAUUUGUGUGCAACUACAUCUAUUAUCAUUCCCUUCGCUUUGCAGAGGAAAACAGAAUCAAAUCCCUCUUUGUCCAUGUGCCUCUCUUCUUCACCGUAGAUGAGGAGACCCAAAUGCAAUUUGCUGCCUCCUUGCUGGAGGCUCUUGCUGCUUUUGGUUAGCAGUUGCUUUAGAACAUCCACCCAUUUUAUUUUGGUUUGCCAUCAGUGUGAAGGUGGAUGGGUGUAAAGAAGGAAUGUUUAUGCACAGUCGGUUCAUGCAGAAUGGAAAAACCGAAAAAAAAAAAAAAAAAGUUAUUGUGGGACGCCAUUCUCGCUUGUUUGUUCACGCAGAACAGAAAAACCAAAAAAAAAAAAAGUUAUUGUGGGACGGUGUUUGUUUGCCUUGAUGUUUGUCGGAAGGGUUUCGAUCACUUCCAAAUGUAAGUGAUCUUUGUGUGGGGAUGUCAAUAAAGGCCUGAUUUGCUUGCAUCUGAA